AUGCCGAUUGCGGCCAAUAGCUCCAGUAAACCCCACGGUCUUUUGUUGACGCAGCUCUCUUUUAUUCUAUCGAAAGGCGUCAAUCCACUUAUUUUGCUUUCAGCCGUUUCAGAUGAAUUCAUUGACGGUUUUAAAGGUCUACAUCAUGCCAGUGGAGAACCGAUCACCAUAUUUGCACCCGAUGCAGCCGGAGCUCACGACUCGCAGAGCCGCCUGAACAGGUACGCAACUUCUCAAGUCAUGCUACUUUCCACAUUUUCAGUACAAGCCCAGCCAAAAAAGGUGUGCCGUUUUGGUUACUUGUGUGUGUAG